AUGGUCACCAAGACGGUCAUCGCCCUGGGGCUCCUGGCCACCUUCUGUGCUGUAGCCAUGGCCGCCCCUGAACCCGGCGGUAGAUAUGGUGGUGGUGGUGGUGGAUAUGGUGGUGGUGGUGGAUAUGGCGGCGGUGGUGGAUAUGGCGGUGGUGGACAUGGUGGUGGUGGUGGAGGGCGUGGAUAUGGAGGCGGCGGUUAUGGAGGUGGUGGAUAUGGAGGCGGCGGAUAUGGAGGAGGUGGAUAUGGAGGCGGCCGUGGUGGCGGAUAUGGGGGAGGUGGCUAUGGUGGUGGUGGUGGUGGCUAUGGAGGUGGAGGAUAUGGUGGCGGUCGAGGUGGAUAUGGAGGAGGCGGCUAUGGUGGCGGUGGGUAUGGCUACGGAAAGUAA